AUGAACUCGCAGAUGCUGCCAGGGACCGCGCUGGCGGGGCUGACUGCGCGGUUCUCUCUGGACGGCGAACACCUCGCCGUGCUCACGGACGACGGGCGGUUGAGGCUGUACGACGCAGCCGGUGAUCGCCCUGCCGCGAAUCUGGCGUCUGGAAAUCGAAAGGGAGGCGCCACGGCCAACGGACACUCCGCGCAAGAGCACACGUGCCUUGCCUGGGGCGCUGUUCAGGCGAAGCGGGGCCGCUCGAAAAAAGCAGCCAACCCUUCCGCACAUAUUCUGGCCGUCGGGACGUCCUCGGGCGACGUACAAGCGUAUGACGCCGCCAAACAGGAGCCUCUUUGGCGCGCGCGGGAGUGCAACGACGGGGGAGUCGCGUGCCUCGCGUACUGCCACGCGGACGGCGGCAUGUUCCUCACGUGCGGCCCGGACGCGAGCGUGUGCGCGCUGGAGGCCGCCACGGGCAACGUGGCCUUCCGCAUCUCCGCGGGCAAGUCGGCAAAGCUCACGUGCGUCGCGGCGUCGCCCGACGGCGAGCGCGUGUUCGCGGCAGCGUCGGACGUGCGCGUCCUGUCGCGCGACGGCACGAAGACCGCGAAGUUCUCCGGGCACGAGGCGGGCGUCACCGCGAUAGCCGCGAGCCCGUGCGGCCGGUAUGUGUUUACGUCGGGGCGCGGGGACGCCCAAGUGGCGGUGUGGGACGCGGGGGCGGCGAAGAAGAAGAGCAGAGGGAAGGUGCUGAAGCUGUUGGAUCUGCCGGACGCGGGGGCGGUCGCGCUGGAGUGCGCGGAGGUGGCGAAGGGGGCGUUCGUGCUGUGUGCGGUGGCCGCGGCGGGGCAGGCCGCGGCCUGGGCGUGCACGAGCGCGGGGGGCGAGCUGCGCUGCUCGCCGCUGGUGGUCGUGCGCGUCGGGGGCGCGCAGGACAAGGGAAAGAAGGCCGGGGCGGAGGACGUCGUCAUGGCGGCACACGCCAGCGGCGACAACGUGCUCGUCGCGCGCGGCAGCGCGCUCCGCCCGUCCUUCCAGCGAGUACCCAUCGACACCGGCGACGCCGGUGACUCCCCCCGGGUAGUGGAGCUCCCGCGACAGAAGGGCGGCGCGCUCCUGCCCGGCAAGGGCGGCGCAGACGUCGCAGCGGACAACAAGGGCCGCUCCCUGAAGCCGACCGGCACCGUCCUCGGUCCUGACAACCUGGGCGAGGCCGUCGCAGUGCGUCCGGGCGGCAAGCGCAAGGCGCGCGGCGACGCCGCCGGCGACGACGCGGAGCCGCGCGGCGCGGAGGAGAUGGACGUGGACGCGGACGGCGCGGACGGGCAGACUCUCGAGGAGCGCGUAGCUGCGCUGGAGCUGGCGGCAGCCGGGGGAGUUGCACCCGAGGCGGAGGGGUCUCCCGAGGGCCCCGCGACGAUCAAGGCGGACUCGCUCGUCGCGCUGCUCACGCAGGCGCUGCGGGGCGGCGACAAGGCGCUCCUUGAGCGGUGUUUGAGUGUCGGGAACGAAAAAAUCAUCACCAACACGGCACGGCGGCUGUUGCCGGUGGACGCGGCCGCGUUCCUCAAGGCCGCGCUCGAGCGCCUGCAGACCCACCCGAAGCGUGCCCCCCAGCUCGUCAGCUGGAUCCGCGCGACCCUCCUGCACCACGCGGGCUACCUGAUGACGGCCCCGGCGGCGCAGGCGCCGCUUGCGUCGCUCUACCAGACCAUUGAGGCGCGGGCGCGGCAUUACCGGCAGCUGUUGGCGCUGCAGGGGCGGCUGGACCUGCUCGUCGCGCAGAUGCCCAAGGCCGGGCAGUCGCACGCGGCGACGCUGGAGGAGGCGUUCGGGGGCCCCGCGCCGCACUUCGUGGACGACGCGAGCGACGGCGAGGGGGGUGCUGGGGAGGGGAGUGACGAGGAGGAGGAGGAGGAGGAGGAGGAGGAGGCGGCGGACGGGAUGGCUGGCGGGGAGGAAGAGGAGACGGAGAGCGACGAGGAGCUGAGCGAAGAUGCGGACCACGACCAAUAG